ACAAGAAUGCUUGGGAAGCUUCGACAAUGAUGAACCACUCGCUCAACGGAAUGAUCAAUGGAUGGUGGCAGGUCCAUUACUUCUAGUACUUGGUCUAUCUAUGGAUUGAAACAUAUGCGAUGAGUAUGAGUAUCAGUUCGACAGUUGCUUCCCUCCUCUGGUUCCUUGUGUUUGUACCAUCUGCUUCUGGCGAUGAGGUGAUUCAGCUCAAUGCCACAGAAUUCUACGAGAUGGCCAUGGCGGGCUACUUUGAGGUGAUUGUCGACACUCGAGAGUCUUCGGAAUGGGAGGCGGGACACGUUGAAAAUGCCACCUUUUUGGAAAAUCUCCAAUUCGCCAAUACUUCGACGGAAAUUGCAACCACUGCGGACUUGAAUGGCUGCAAAGAAUGCCCCAUUGUCGUCUACUGCCAAUCGGGUCGUCGAGCCGCCGGCGCCCUGGAGAAAUUGGCCUUGGCGGGAUUCCAAGGCCCACUCUACAAUGGCUUGGGCGUCCAGCAAUGGACUGCCGAAGGAUAUCCCUUGGUCAAUACGGCGUCGGUCGAUCCCGAGUGCAAAAAUGAAGAAAUGGAAACCUGUGCCAAGAGUGCUGUAGAGGAGGAGGCAGAAAAGGAAACUGUAACUACAACAGCCGAAACCAAUGCACCCAGCAGCAACGAAACAUUGGAGACUGCCGAUGACGCUGGUACCACCGCACCUCCCACAGAAGCGGCUGGAUCAUCGUCAGAGGCCACUGAUGCUCCUUCUUCAGCAGCUAUCGGGUUACGUCAAGAACCAUGGCCCAUUGUAUCAACCGCGAUCUUGGUUGUUGGCAUGCUGACGGCAAGCUUGUAGGUGGACCAAGUAUUAUGCAAGUGUAUGUGCUAGUAAUGUCAAGUUAAGCAUACGGUACAUCGCUUUUAAAAGAUACAAACACAAAAAUACCUUAUUGUUGUUCAUUUUGC